AUGGCGCAAAAUGGUGGUGGUGAUUUUGGUGCAAUAUUGCAAGGUGCAGGAAAACAAAUUUUCAACCAAGGGGGACAGGCGUUACUCAAUUAUGGGGCACAAGCAUUGGGAAACAUCAUCAAUGAGGUCUUCCAAAAGAAAGAAGCAGAACAAAAGCGGUUUUUGCCAAGCAUUAAAAAUUAUAAAGUGUCGAAGGUCGCGAUGUGUCAUAGUAAUUACUACGGUUUGCGAGCUAUGUUUACCCCACCAGAGUCUAUUACACUUCAGUGA